CAGGGCGCUGGGGAGGCAGGAAGCUGGGCCUUCUUCAAGGCGCCAAGUCUACACCUCAGCCACCCAACAGGAGGAGUUGCUACUGUCAUUGCCGUUUCACAGACGAGAAAACUGACACCCAGAGAGAAGUAACUCGCCCAAGGUCACCUGCUGGUGAUGGCAGAGCUGGAAUUCACAUUCAGAUCCGACGGGCUUCUGCUUGCUCCAUCCUCCACCCCGUUCCGUGCACCGGUGAGCAUGGCCGGGACUGCUACCCACCCCGGAGGCCGGGUUCCGCCCGCCGAGGGCCACGUGAGCUGAGAGGUGAGCCCCCCGCCGCCGUCCUCCGCCGGCCCGAGGGCUGGGUGGGCUCUGCCCAGAGACGAAGCCUCCCCUCGCCGGGCCUCGGGGGGGGGGAGCCAACGGAAGGUCCGCACCGUGGGCGGAAGGGGCGGAGGAGCGGCUGCGCAGAGGGAAGCCCCGCCGCCGGGAGGCAGAGACCCGACGGUGCCCCGCGGAGGUUUUAAGGAGGUCUUGGUCUCCAGGUCGGAAAGGAUGUGAGCCUAACUCGGCUGGAUAGGCGGACCUAUUGGAAGCAAACUCAUCAGCAGAGCUCGGUCAGCUGUCCGGUUGAAUUUGGUGCCCUGGGAUGUGCCUGGCCUCUCAGAGACCCCGGCAGGUGGAAAGCACUGUAUCGCGUGAUGAGUUUUUGUGUCUCUUCUCCCCAGUGGUUACCUGUGAUGCUGACUUUGGAGGACAAAGCCGUGAAGUGGUUCACCUGGGCCGUGGCCUUGACCUCCCUGGGCUUCCUGCUUCUGCUGCUGGUCUCCAUCUUCCCCUUCUGGGUGCGUCUUGUGAAGGACGAGUCCCAGGAAGUGUUUUUCAGCGGCCUGUUUGAGAACUGCUUCCAGAUCAAGUGCUGGAAGCCUCGGCCCUUGUCAAUUUACAUCGUCCUCGGCCGCGUGUUCCUGCUGUGCGCCGUCCUCUUCUCCUUCCUCACCGUCUUCGCCAUGGUGUCCUUUGCGUCUGACCUCUUUCUGGGGACCCGGAAGCACAACCUGGUGUCCGCCUUCAUCAGCUUCCUCACAGGGGCCUGUGCCUUCCUGGCCUUGUUGCUGCAUGCCCUGGAGAUGCAGAGUCUGAGGAUGAAGCCCAACCCUCCCCACUUCUCCGUGCAGUGGCCUUACUACGCCCUGGGCUUCGGCAUCCUUCUGUUCGUAGCGGCCGGUGCCAUCUGCCUUGUUCGAGAAACAACCUGCCUUUGCUGCCAUUGGUUGCUCAUUCCCCCAAAUACUGGGGAGAUCCAGGGGAUCGCUCACCUGGAGAGUCUGGGAGGAGACCUGAGCUCCAUGCAGAAGGAGACACUGCUGAAGGGGGAGACCGCGAUCUAGACCGGGAGAGCCUGGGCUCUGCCCUCCAUCGGGCUGCGUGAGUGCGCGCGUCUCCGUGUACGUGCCUCCCUGUCUCCGCUGGGCUCAGCCACGGUUGCCGAAGUGCUUGAGGGCCCCACCAAGCCGCCGCGUCCCCAUCCUCACAGCCAGUCUGUCUUGCUUGUGUUUGACAUCUGUUAAAGGCUUUCUGAAUGUUUCA